AAAAGGUCUUCCUUUAAAAGAAAUGGGCCAAACGGUUUUUAAACUUAGUAAAAAUGGAACAGCCUUUAUAUGUUAUAGUUUUCUUUUCUUUGUUGCUAGGUUUAACAAGAUGUGCAGGAAACAUAAAAACUUUUCCAUCAGACUUUGAAUUUGGAGCAGCAACGUCUUCAUAUCAAAUAGAAGGAGCUUGGAAUGUUGAUGGUAAAGGAUGGUCCAUGUGGGAUCAUCUCGUUCGUACCACACCACAGCGCAUCGAGGAUAUGACAAACGGGGAUACAGCAGCGAAAUCUUACUACUUAUAUAAAAGAGAUGUUCAAAUGCUUAAAGAACUGGGGGUCAAGAACUACCGGUUCUCUAUAUCCUGGCCGAGGAUAUUACCUUACGGCCGACCAGAUUACGUGAACCCUUACGGUGUUGCGUAUUACAAUGCUUUGAUAGACGAGUUAAUAGCGAAUGGUAUAACUCCAUUUGUGACGAUGUACCAUUGGGAAUUGCCUCAGAAUUUAAACGAACAAGGAGGUUGGUUGAACGAUGAAGUGGUUAACUGGUUCGGUGAUUAUUCCAGAGUUUUGUUUCAAAAUUUCGGUGAUAGAGUGAAACAUUGGAUGACUAUUAAUGAGGCUCACGUUCAUUGUUAUUUGGGUUAUGAGAUUGCGUUCCAUGCGCCCCAGAUAUCUGUACCAGGCGUCGCAUACUACGAAUGUAGUAGGAACAUACUUCUAGCUCAUGCUAGGGCUUAUCGUAUUUAUGAAGCUGAAUUUAAAAGCACGCAAAGAGGAGAAAUCGGUUUUGUAACGAGUAUGGAGUGGGGUGUUGCUGAAAGCAAUUCCACAAAUGUUAAAGACGCUCUAGAAAAUUUUCAGGCUCUCAAUAUCGGUCAACACAUGAACCCGAUAUUCUCAGAAAGUGGUAACUUUCCUCAGAAAUUGAUCGAUCUUGUUAAUUCAUCGAGUAUAAGACAAGGUUUGAACGAAUCACGAUUACGUCCGUUCACUCAGGAACAGAUCGAAUCGAUCAGAGGAUCUGCAGAUUUCUUAGGAUUGAAUCAUUAUACGAGUAGAAUUAUUUAUAGAAAUGAAUCUCUGAAUGGUACUUUCACGGUACCUUCGAUCCACCAUGAUACAUUUUACGGAGACUAUCCUCAUCCAUCUUGGUUCUUCCACGGUGGAUAUGUUUAUGAAUAUCCUCGUGGAUUCUACGAUUUAUUAAUUCAUUUGAAAGAUAACUACAAUAUUCCUAAGAUUUACAUCACAGAGAACGGUGCUCCGUCUCUCAGAGGUCUCAAUGACACCCAUAGAGUACGAUAUUAUAGGGAAUAUUUGAGCGCGAUGAUUGAUGCCAUUGAUCAAGGUGUCAACGUCAGAGGUCACUUCGCUUGGAGUCUAAUGGAUAACUUUGAAUGGACGUCAGGGUACACCGUAAGAUUCGGUAUCUACGAUGUUGACAUGGAGGAUCCGGAAAGGAAAAGAACGCCGAAGAAGUCUGCUUUAGUAUACAAAGAAAUGGCAAGAAGUAGAAUUAUCGAUUACGAUUAUGAUGUCGACCCUUACGCGCCCUCUGCUGCUUCCGGUAGAAAUGUGUCGAUAUUUAUAACUUUAUUUCUGGCUACACUGAAAGUUUUAGUGUAAAUUUUAUCCAAAAGGUCUUUUUUGGUAAUUGCAUGCCAUUUAAUCGCACAAUUUUUUCACAAUAAGUCAUGUCAAACUUGGUGAAAAUUAAACCCAGUGCCCAAUGGCCGCAGUCGAACAAAGAUGUAGGAACCAUAUAGAAAUUAAGAACUAGAUGUAUAAGAAUAUU